AUGAUCGAGUAUAUCUUGCUGGUUUCCCGUCAAGGUAAAGUACGGUUGGCGAAAUGGUUCACGACCCUCCCACCGAAAGCGAAGGCGAAGAUUAUCAAGGACGUCACGCAGCUUGUCCUUGCGCGUCGUACGCGCAUGUGUAACUUCCUUGAAUACAAGGACUCGAAAGUCGUAUAUCGUCGUUACGCCUCAUUGUUCUUCGUGAAUGGAAUCAGCCAGGGAGAUAAUGAGCUUAUUACGCUUGAGAUUAUCCAUCGUUUUGUUGAAGUGUUGGAUAGAUACUUUGGGAAUGUGUGCGAGCUUGACUUGAUCUUCAACUUCCAAAAAGCUUACGCUAUCCUGGAUGAACUUGUGAUCGCCGGAGAGCUACAAGAGUCCUCCAAGAAGUUAGUUUUGAGAGUUGUCGCACAAGCCGACGCUGUUGAAGAGCAAGAGAAUAGUGAAGAUACGCUGGCGCGAAUAGGUUCGCGAGGUCUUCUAUAG